AUGAGUCUUUUAAGUCCAAAAUGUAUAUUUUUCUUCUUUCUUGGGAUCCAAGUAUAUUGCCAAUAUGAAAAUUAUCAAUGGGAUGAAGAUUAUGACCAAGAAUCAGAUGAUGUCUACCAACCAGAAUUCCAAUUCCAUCCAAAUACAGAUUAUGGAAUUCCUUUUCCUCAGCAUACUUCAGGCUGUGCCAAUGAAUGCUUCUGUCCACCUAACUUUCCACUAUCAAUGUAUUGUGAUAAUCGCAAACUCCGGACAAUCCCAAAGAUUCCAGCACAUGUGCAGCAGGUCUAUCUGCAGUUCAACGAAAUAGAGGCGGUGACUUCUGAUUCUUUCACUAAUGCAACUCAUCUUCAAGAAAUCAACCUCAGCCACAACAAAAUUCAGUCGCACAAGAUUGAUUAUGGUGUGUUUGUCAAGUUAUCAAAUCUACUACAACUUCACCUACAACAUAACUAUCUAGAAGAAUUUCCAUCUCCACUUCCUAAGUCCCUGGAAAGACUUCUUCUUGGUAACAAUCAGAUCUCUAGACUGCAGACAAAUGCCAUGGAUACACUUACAAACCUGACCAUGCUUGACCUCUGUCAUAAUCAUCUUGAUGACUCUAUGUUUAAGGAAAAAGUUCUUGCCAAAAUGGAAAAAUUGAUGCAAAUCAAUCUAUGUUACAACAAAUUAGAAUCAAUGCCUUCUGGUUUGCCAUCUUCACUAAUGUAUCUGUCUUUAGAAAAUAACUCAAUUUCUUCUAUACCAAAGGAUUACUUCAAUAAACUUCCAAAACUUCAUGCUAUAAGGAUGUCACACAACAAAUUGCAAGAUAUCCCAUAUAAUAGUUUUAAUCUUUCCAACCUAAUAGAACUCAAUGUUGGACACAACAAACUCAAGCAAGCAUUCUAUAUCCCACGAAAUCUAGAACACCUAUACCUAGAAAAUAAUGAAAUUGAAAAUAUCAAUGUUACAGUGAUGUGUCCAUCUAUUGACCCACUAGAUAACCACCAUCUGACAUACAUUCGUGUGGACCAAAAUAAGCUAAAAGAGCCAAUAAAUUCCUUCAUCUUUCUCUGCUUCCCACAUAUACAUACUAUAUAUUAUGGUGAACAAAAAAGUACUACUGGUGAAACAAUACAACUGAAGACACAAGUUUUCAGAAGAUUUCAAGAUGAUGCUGAGAGUGAAGAAAAUGAUGAUCACAGUGAAAGCCCAGAACAAGAAGAACCUGAAGAAAAUAUUGACCCUCGCUAUUAUGGAAGUCACGAAUGGCAAGAAAUUAUAUAA